AUGGCUCCAGAAAAGGAGAGCAAUGGUCUGGACAACUAUGCAUUUGCACUUGAAGGCCGGUUCUGUGAACUGCAUGAAUCAAAACAAAGAGAAGAUGUCGGUACUCCAAUGGACGAACAGUGCAGCAAGUUGGCUUACUGCGUAACAGACGUACCACCUUGGUACUUAUGUAUUCUUCUUGGUAUUCAGCACUGCUUGACAGCCUUUGGAGGUAUAAUUGCGAUCCCAUUGAUCCUCUCACAAGGCUUGUGCCUCCAACAUGACGGCCUUACACAGAGUCAACUCAUCAGCACAAUCUUUUUCGUGUCUGGCAUCUGUACUCUGCUGCAAGUCACCUUUGGCAUCAGACUUCCAAUUCUCCAAGGUGGGACGUUCACAUUGCUAGCACCUUCCAUGGCGAUGCUGUCCAUGCCAGAGUGGACUUGUCCUGCAUGGACACAGAACGCCAGCCUGGUCAACACGUCUUCUAGUGAAUUCAUAGAAGUGUGGCAGACUCGAAUGAGAGCAGUCCAGGGGUCCAUAAUGGUGGGCUCACUUUUACAGAUGUUUAUUGGUUUCUCUGGUCUCAUUGGCAUCUUCAUGCGUUUCAUUGGACCGCUAACAAUUGCCCCCACCAUCUCUCUCAUUGGACUUUCUCUUUUUGACUCCGCUGGCGUCAGUGCAGGGAACCACUGGGGAAUUUCAACCUUAACCACUGUUCUCAUCAUCAUUUUCUCCCAGUACCUUCGUCACAUUCCUGUGUCAUUCCCGACGUACAGCAAGGAUAAAAAACUCAACUUCAGUCGUGUGUACAUCUUCCAGAUUCUCCCUGUUCUGCUCGGAAUUUCCUUGUCAUGGUUCCUUUGUUAUCUUUUAACAACCUUCAAUGUUCUUCCCUCCGAUCCAGUCCAGUACGGCUAUUUGGCUCGUACGGAUCUAAAAGGAGAUGUCGUGAGUAAAGCUCCUUGGGUCACAUUCCCAUAUCCUGGUCAAUGGGGGAUGCCCACCGUUAGCGUAGCAGGGGUGCUUGGCAUUUUUGCCGGAGUGAUUUCAUCCAUGAUUGAAUCUGUUGGGGAUUACCAUGCGUGUGCAAGGCUGUCAGGCGCUCCGCCUCCACCUAAACAUGCGAUCAACCGGGGGAUUGGUAUUGAGGGGUUGGGCUGUCUGCUGGCAGGAGCCUGGGGGACAGGAAAUGGUACCACCUCAUACAGCGAGAAUGUGGGGGCCCUCGGGAUCACAAAGGUUGGCAGUCGUAUGGUGAUCGUGGCAGGUGGGGUCUUCAUGAUCAUUAUGGGUGUAUUUGGCAAAGUAGGAGCCAUCUUUGCUACCAUUCCAUCUCCGGUCAUAGGGGGGAUGUUCAUGGUUAUGUUUGGGGUCAUAUCUGCAGCAGGAAUUUCGAAUCUCCAGUAUUCUGAUUUGAACUCAUCUCGCAACAUCUUCGUUUUUGGUUUUGCCAUGUUCUCGGGUCUGGUCAUACCUAACUGGAUAGUGAAGAAUCCUACUGCUAUUUCUACAGGUGUGGAUGCGGUUGACCAGGUGCUGCAGGUUCUUCUCACAACGAGUAUGUUUGUGGGAGGAUUCUUUGGUUUCUUGCUAGACAACACAAUUCCAGGCACAAAGCAGGAACGAGGCAUCCUGGCCUGGAACAAAGCUCAUGAGGGCAAUGCCGCAAACAACAUUUUGGGGAGUGCAGAAGUCUACGAUCUGCCCUUCGGCCUCAGCUCUUACUGUGCUUCUUUGCCGUGGAGCCGUUACCUCCCAUUCUGCCCAACUGGUGUGUCAAAAAACCUCAAUGGACGUGGCGAAGACAAUGUCACACAGGAACCAAUGAAGGUGCCCGGACAUCCAGAGCCUUCACAGAUUAUAGUUGGAGUUGCACUUUAA